CCUGCAGUGUUGUAGCUUGCAUGUGUUUCUCUCUGGAUACUAUACGCUUUAAAGUGCUGAGAGAUUUAAGAAUGGUUUUGGAUAAGUCCAACAGCAAUAGCUUAAUGGACAUUUCCAAGAUCUUCUCUCUUCUCCAACCCAAAGAGGAAGAAGACAUCAACUACUGUCAGCAGCUGAAUCAAGCCACCUUUACUGAUGAUGAAAAGCGCCUCACCGAGCUUCUGUCUCAGGAGCAGUACAAGAGAUGCAUUAAUCAGCGAAGCGGCUGGGGCAUCCCUGUUACUCCACUGCGUACAGCCGCAGCUCAGGGACACCUCCACUGUCUCCAGGUCCUCCUAGCUAAUGGGGCUGAGGUGGACAGCCUGGACGUCAAAGCCCAGACUCCACUUUUUAUGGCUGUCAGUGCUAAACACUUAGACUGCGUUGCUGCAUUAUUAAAAGCUGGUGCUAACCCCAAUGGCAGCCCACAUAACAACUGCUCCCCUGUGAUGACUGUAGCCAGAGAAGGUGAUGUGGCUAUUCUGAGGGAACUCUUGUACCAUGGGGCUGAAGUAGAUGUAAAACCCAAGAUACCGGACUGGGCCUCAAAUGCCACAGCCUGCCGAGGACCACUCUACAUUUCAGCAGUUUAUGGCCAUAUGGAUUGUUCCAGACUAUUGCUGCAGCAUGGAGCGAAUCCAGACUACAACUGCACUGAGGAAAAGAUGCUAAGCCAAAUUAAACAACCUAAAACUGUGAUGGAGAUGUGCCUCAGAAAUGACUGUGGGCCGGAAUACAUUCAACUGCUUAUAGACUUUGGAGCAAAUGUAUACCUACCUACUAUAAUAAUGGAUAACACUACAAGACAGAAUGAAUCGGUGAUGCUUCUACUUAAAGAAAGAGGUAAGUCUGCAAUGACAUUUACAGUUUAUGUUUUUACAUUAUACCCAGCAAACACAUUUACAUUGUAG